AUGGCUUUGAUCACACGAUCGAUCCUUAACGGAUACAACUAUCUAGUUGACAAAACAGAUGAUAGAGUGGUCGAUCUACCGUUCCUUCAAUCCGUGUGGACGGUGCCAUUGUUAACGGGAGCAUAUCUCUACUUCGUCCUCAACCUCGGCCCAAAACUGAUGGCCAAUCGGAAGCCGAUCGAACUGCGCAGCUUUCUGAUCGUGUACAAUCUGGUGCAAGUCGCCGCAAAUGUGUUCGCUUUCUCGUUGGGAAUUGACUUUUUACGAAACUAUUCGUACUCCUUCGUCUGUCAGCCACUGCAAACGGAGAAGAACGAUCAGUCGAUGGUAGAGUUACGACUCGGUUACAUCUACUUCCUGCUGAAGAUCCUCGAUCUGGCCGAUACCGUGUUCUUCGUACUGCGGAAAAAGCAAUCGCACGUGUCCUUUCUGCACGUGUACCAUCACACGAUUAUGGUGCUGUCGACUUCGUUGGUAAUGCGAUAUCUCGCCGGUGGUCACUGCUUUGUGCUCGGGCUGCUCAACACAUUCGUCCACGCUGUGAUGUACUUCUACUUCUUCCUCACCAUCUACCGGCCGGAAGUGACGCGUGGUGCCACGUGGAAGCGAUACGUCACACUGCUGCAAAUGGCACAGUUCGCUUACCUGGUGUUUCAUUUUUUCCGCCCUAUCAUACUCGGCCUCGACUGUGGCUAUCCGCGAGCGGUGAUGUGGUUCGUGGGCAUGCAGAACGUCUUCAUGCUGCUGAUGUUCGGCGAUUUCUACCGACGAGCGUACCUCAGAAAACCGGCCAAAGUUCACGAACAUUGAGCAGAGCACGUUGGAGGUGUACAGGGUUUUACUCAAAUUGUACAGAAAAGACAGGCAAGAAUUGUUAUAUGUA